AUGCGAGGGCCAGAGCCGCUCUGGAUCACAAUUCGAGCAUACCGCGUGUGGAAGAACCCUGAUAUGGAUACGAUUGCCAGCUUCAGCGGACUCCAUUUGAGGGUUGUAUUUGACGACAACCUUCCCAUCGAGGUCCCUAGACCGGUUAUUAUCAAGUGGGUUGCGGAAGCUGCUCCGAGUAUGGGCACACACACUGCUUCGCUCCACUGUCGACUUGGGAAACUGACCUCUCUAGAUAAUGAACAUCUGCAUACCGUCUUGUACUUGCAGCCGAGGCAAUACUACAUCCGAGACAGUUAUCUUCGUUGGGCCCGUGGCCAGAUUGCCGAGUGUGAGAAGCACGACCACCAGUUGGCGGAUGAUUCCUUUUGCCCAGAGAGGCUACUUGACGUACAGGGCAUCGAGUUACGUUUGGUGGCACGCGAAGAGGCCUUCACGGCAGCACAGAUUUCGAAGUACGCCGCUCUCAGUUACUGCUGGGGCUCAACAGGUGAUGAUGCUCGCGCGCAAAUCACACUGACGCAAGGAAGUCUCGCCCAGCACCGGCUUGGGAUCCGGUUCAAAAGGCUACCUCUCUCAGUGCAGGAUGCGGUUGCCAUGACCAGGGCCCUUUCCCUGCGCUACCUGUGGGUUGAUGCACUUUGCAUCUCGCAGGACGAUCCAGCUGACUGGGACCGACAAUGCGUGGAUAUGCACAAGAUCUACGGCAACGCCUUUGUCACCCUCUGCGCUGCUUCUUCACAGAGCUGUCGCCAGGGGUUCCUCCAGCCUAAACCAGAGCAUCGGAUCUUGAUGCCAUACCGGUCAUCCUUUGCGCCCUUUUCUGGGCAGUACUGCUUGCGACUGAGGGGGGCCGAAGCCGAUAUUGACUACGCCUCUGUAGUGACAAGCCUCAGGAUCGCAUUUGUCGCCAGGGAUACUCGACAUGAGGAUUUCAAAACGGACAGUCGAUGGGCAAGGAGAGGUUGGGUGUUUCAAGAGAGGGCUUCAUCCCUCCGUAGCAUCGUGUUUGGAAAACAAAACCUUCACUUCGUCUGCUCCAAAACCACCAAAACAAUGAAUGCUUCCUACAGCAGUUACGAAGCAGAAAGUUGGCGGCGUGACGACGCUGUGUUUAGCCUUUACCGACCCAGAGGCGGCCACACUCAGUCGGAAGUCUUGGAUAGUUGGUUGGAAUUGAUACAAGCCUACAGCAAAAUCCUGCCCGAAUCGUUCACAGACAGGAGUGACUUCCUUCCUGCCAUCUCAGGUCUGGCAGGCUUGUACCACCGAUACCUAAAAGCAAGCCAAGGCGUUGUUGAUGCUUUUCUCGACCCAGAGAAAGACUACAUAGCUGGUUACUGGCGACAGGACAUCCCCCGAAGCAUCCUCUGGCACCUCGUCACCAACCCCACAGCAACCCCAACGUUACCAAACUACAUCAGCUCUCUGCACUACCAAUCUCACGAGCUUCACCUACCCUCGUGGAGCCAGAUCUCUCGAGGAUACACCCACUCAAUCUUGAACAACAAACAAUGCGGGAUAUACCCACACAACCCCCUCAACAACAACAACAACAACAACAACAACUUCAAACCCGAGAUGGAAAUCCUCAACACACACAACACCACCCCCCUGGGGGAGAAGAACCCCUUCGGCGCCAUCCGACCAAACCCCCACCUCCACAUCAGAACCAAAGUCUUGGCCUUUGCCACCAUCCCAGACAACAGGCGGGUCUUCUCCGUCGGAUCACCAAUUCACCACCACCACCACCACCACCACCACCGCUCCCGUGUCUCGACCGAGUUCGAGCUCCGAUAUAACCUACACCCGCUCUGUCUCGUCACGCUAGACUUUGCGCCCAACCACAACAACAGUCACACGAACCAGAGGACACUGGACGACGACGACGACGACGUCAAGUCUGACCUCCUCCUCUCCCGCUGCCAGCUGGCCUUGGUGGGUCGGUAUAGCAGCGAAGGCGAGCAUGGUCGGGUUUUAUAUCCUAUACUCCCACCACCACCACCACCACCAAAGACGAGUGGUGGUGGUUCCCCACAACACCAACACUUUUACCGAGUAGGUCUCUUCACUGGGCCAGGGCCAGGUGACGACAUGUCGAGGCUAUACACAGAGCAACCACCUGCUUCAGCCUUGUUCGACUUUUUGGCGGAGGAGAGGGUGAUAUUUCUGUAUUGA